GCGGCGCACAGUAACGCGACCACCGUCAACCGAACCGCAUCACUAGCGCGCGCUGUCAAAUUCCCGCCAAUUAAAAUAUCAAUAAAAGUGUAACCUGUUUACUGGAUGUGUGUGAUGUCUGUGUGAUUUUUUUUAUUUUUUUAAACAGUUAAAAAAUUCAAAAUGACUGCCGGAUCGGAAGAACACGAGCCCCUAAUUACAUCUUCAGUGGAUCAGCAGAGGGUGACAUAUAAUAAUUCUCCCCAGGGAGGUAACACACCAAGCGGUAGUCCUCGUACCAGUGGUGGUGAAGUUACUCUUGCGAUACCACACAACAGAAGCUAUGGGGCAAUCGGAGGCGUGGAGAAGGUCACCUACACCUGGGCCGAUGUCAACGCCUUCGCCACGGAGACAAGGUCCAGAAAUAAGAGGUUCUGGAACUGUUGGAAGACCUCCUCCGACAGAAUGUUUCAACAGCGGAAGCAGCUGUUAAGAAAUAUUAAUGGUGCUGCGUACCCCGGCGAACUUCUCGCGAUUAUGGGUUCUUCGGGAGCCGGAAAGACCACACUCCUCAACACGUUAACCUUCAGAACACCAAGUGGAGUUGUUGCGAGUGGUACCAGGGCAUUGAAUGGACAGCCAGCUACUCCUGAGGCACUUACAGCGUUGUCAGCUUAUGUGCAGCAACAGGACUUGUUCAUCGGCACGUUGACUGUUAAGGAACAUUUGAUAUUUCAGGCUUUGGUACGAAUGGACAGACAUAUCCCGUACGCACAACGCAUGCGUCGUGUUCAGGAAGUUAUAACAGAGUUGGCGUUAUCAAAAUGCCAGAACACAGUGAUCGGUAUCAGCGGUCGUUUGAAGGGCAUCUCCGGAGGGGAGAUGAAGCGGCUGUCAUUCGCCAGUGAGGUGCUGACGGAUCCACCUCUCAUGUUCUGCGAUGAACCUACAUCAGGCCUGGACUCGUUCAUGGCACAGAAUGUUAUACAGGUGUUGAGCGGCCUUGCAAAGAAGGGCAAAACUGUGAUCUGUACGAUACAUCAACCGUCAUCUGAGUUGUACGCGAUGUUUGAUAAGCUCCUCAUCAUGGCAGAUGGCAGAGUCGCCUUCCUCGGUUCUCCUGAUCAAGCUACUGAGUUUUUUAAAGACUUAGGCGCAGCCUGUCCCACUAACUACAACCCAGCAGACCACUACAUCCAACUCCUGGCUGGAGUACCAGGCCGUGAGGAGACCACUCGCCACACCAUCGACACAGUGUGUACAGCAUUCGCCAAGUCAGAGAUCGGAUGCAAGAUCGCUGCCGAGGCUGAAAAUGCUAUGUUUAAUGAGCGCAAAAUCACAAAAGGUUGGGCGGAUUCUGCAUGGUCAAACGCAGCUGCCUUCAGAGCUCGUCGGUCGCCAUACAAGGCGUCCUGGUGCGCCCAGUUCAGGGCUGUUCUAUGGCGGUCUUGGCUCUCAGUCACCAAGGAACCUAUGCUCAUCAAAGUGCGCUUCUUGCAGACCGUCAUGGUAUCAAUUCUUAUCGGAUUGAUAUACUUCGGACAGAAUUUGGAUCAAGAUGGAGUCAUGAACAUCAAUGGCGCCAUCUUCCUCUUCCUUACCAACAUGACCUUCCAGAACAUUUUUGCUGUUAUUAACGUAUUUUGUUCCGAACUGCCGAUAUUCAUCCGCGAGCAUCAUUCAGGGAUGUACAGAGCUGACGUGUACUUCCUCUCGAAGACGCUCGCGGAGGCGCCGGUCUUCGCCACGAUACCUUUGGUGUUCACCACCGUGGCUUAUUACAUGAUCGGACUAAACCCAUCCCCGGCGAGAUUCUUCAUUGCAUCUGGUCUUGCUGCCCUCAUCACCAAUGUUGCAACGUCAUUUGGUUAUCUGAUAUCAUGUGCCAGCAGUAGUGUAAGCAUGGCCGCAUCUGUGGGUCCUCCCAUCAUUAUACCAUUCAUGCUGUUUGGAGGUUUCUUCCUCAACUCAGGAUCUGUACCACCAUACCUCGGAUGGAUAUCUUAUCUAUCUUGGUUCCGGUACGGCAACGAGGCGCUACUUGUCAACCAAUGGUCUGGUGUCGAGAGCAUCGCUUGCACUCGGGAGAACUUCACCUGCCCGGCAUCAGGAAAAGUUGUUCUGGACACUCUGAGUUUCUCUGAGGAUGACUUCAACAUGGAUGUAGUGAAUAUGGUGCUGCUCUUCAUAGGGUUCCGAUUCCUUGCGUACUUAGCGCUUUUGUGGCGGACGCGCAGAGGGAAAUAACUACCGACAUCUAGCCGUUAAGCAAUACAUAAACCAGCAGGCUUACUCCGUAACAUUACGCGACUUCAUUGCAUUUCUCUAAUUACAAGUUUGUUGCUUGAAAUAAAUGUGUCGGUUUUACAGAGUAGCCCUGCAAUUGAGAAAAUGCUUCAGAAUUAAUUCUCCAGUUAGAAAUAUUGUGUAGUUCUUCAGCAUAGGUGAGGAUUGAUUCUGGUAUUUCGAUUCACUUCACGCUCAAGAGAACAAAAAAUAGCUAAUUGAUCAAUAUAAAUUCAAUAGACAAAAAUUGUUUUUAAAAUGAUGUUCUAAUUAUUUAGUUUAGAAUAUGUAUAUGGUGUGUAAACAUCAUAUUAGCAGAUUCUUAUGUGGACAGUGUGUUUGUUUUAAUAGUAGUGUAAGAUGAUUAAUGUUUUUUUAAUACCGCAAAUAACGAAUGUGUAAGAAAUAAUUAAUAAAAGUACAUUAUAUAUAUCAUAUCUUUUUUAUUCUCGUCUACUUAAAACUAUUUUACAUGGACUUAGUCAAAACGGGUAUAUUGGGCAUUAAGCGAAUAUAAUAAGCCUUGUGACUUUUGAAGUUUUUGAUUUACGUCUAUUUUGUGCGUACAAAAACUAAAUCAAUUUUAAAAUAUUUAUGAGUGUUCUGACAGCUGGAACUUUUCUAUUGGAAUUAAAUUAUCGCGAA